UCCUGUGCGCGUAACGUGCUACGUCACGCCUUCUCUGCGCUGAUUGGCUGGAGCUGCUGGUCGUCAUGGUGACUGUGGCCUGGUGGACUGUCUGGAGCCCGCGGAGUAAAUGGAGCUAGAAGAGCAGGCGAAGCCGUCCCUGUCCGUGGAGCUGGGCUCGGGGGUACCGGAGCUGCUGAGAGCUCUAUGGGAAGAGCCCGAGAAGCCAAGGAGUAGCCCGGGAGGCCGCGUAAAGUCUCACCGGCAGCACCGGUACCGGCUGUGCCCAUUGGCCAGAGAGAGCUAUGCUCUUCGGAAGUUACGAGAAGCCGCCAAUGGAAAUGAUCUAGACACAGUUCAACACCUGCUUGAUGAAGGAGUUGAUCCUUGUGCAGCUGAUGACAAGGGGCGGACAGCAUUGCACUUUGCAUCCUGCAAUGGAAAUGACAAAAUUGUUCGUCUGCUCUUGGACCAUGGUGCUGAUGCAAAUCAGAGAGAUGGACUAGGAAACACUCCGUUACAUUUGGCUGCUUGCACCAGUCAUGUUCCAGUGAUUACAACUCUUUUAAGGGGAGGUGCCAGAGUAGAUGCUUUAGACCGUGCAGGACGGACCCCCCUUCAUUUAGCAAAGUCCAAACUGAACAUAUUACAAGAUGGAAAAUCACAGACUCUGGAAUCCCUGCGACUAGAGGUGAAACAGAUUAUCCAGAUGUUACGGGAAUACCUGGAAAGGUUGGGUCAACAAGAACAGACACAACAGCUAGAUCAGAUAUGUUCCAGACUACAGAGGACAAGCACCAAGGAGCAGGUGGAUGAGGUGACUGAGUUACUGGCUAGCUUCACAUCACUCAGUCUCCAGAAGCAGAACAUGGAGAACAGGUAGCCAGACAUGCAGGGUUCAUCCUAUCCAUUCUACUGCAGCCGGAGCUGUGAGUGUUUUAUUCUGGCUUUGAUGUUGUUGGCCAAGAAUCUUGCCAUCCUGCACUUUGUUGCCUACCGUGCGUACAGAUAUAGAAGACCACUCAAGCAUAAUUUACACUUCACUUGCCUCCAACCCAGAGAUUUUGCCUUCUAGGUAAGCCCCAGACUAAAUUAAAGUGUACCUGUCGUCAACAAAAACUUUUUAUAUAGUGUAGAUAAUACCAUAGACAUUGGUUAAAAAAAAUGUGUAUGUAUUUGGGUAAAAAGUGCCAUCCCUGCAGCUAUUUCCUGUGUGUCUCUAUGAGGAGUCCAAAUACAGGAAGUGAGGGCAGGAGAAGCAGGGCUCUGUGCAGGCUCCUGGCUUGUCAAUCCAUUAUGAUGUGUGAGCAUGUAGCAAGUCACAGAGCCUCACUGUAAAGAGCACUGAUUGUCCCACCCUCACUUGCUGUAUUUGGACUCCUCAUAGAGACACACCCACAGUAGCUGCAGGGACAAAAAUAUACAAAUUUUUGUAACCAAUGUAUAUUACAAAUGUACAUAUGAAUGGUAUUAUCUACAUUAUAAUAAGUUUUUGUUGAUGACCGUUACACUUAAAUAAAAUUGUCACAUUUUGGCUCCUUAAUUGAGAAAUAUGGGAGCCAAAUACGUUUUUAUUUGCCAAAUUUGAAUACAUGCACAGUUAAUGUAAUAAGACUAAGAGCAGAUUAAGUCUCUGCAGUGGGUCUCAUUGAUCAAAACCGUCCUUCAAUAAAACUGUCAUCAUUGCCCAUAGUACAGCUUUUAAUUCUUAUAUUGCUGUGGAAAAAAUAAACUGGCUCCAUUAUAAGUCUAUGAAGCCUGGAAUAAGGCGAAUUGUAUGCUGAGCUGGGGAGUGAAGCACGCUGUUGCCGUGCACUUUUCCUGACUAUAUCUAACGAUUGGUGGGGGACUCUGCACUGAGACCCAGACCAAUCAAAACCUUUGACAUGUCUGUGUAACAUGCCAAUUUUUUUUUUUUUAUGACUUUAAUACAUUUAAGUUAGGGCUACAUGGUUUGAUGUCAAGCAGAAGUCAAGAAGGUCUGGAUUUCUGCUGACUGUUGUGUCACUGUAAUUUGCAGGUCACAGCACAACCAUAUUUAUGACCAUUAUUUGCAGAAGUGGAACAUUGUGAUCUUAUGUUGUGCGACCACAAAUUGCCAUGUAGCCUUAAUCUAAGUCUAGCUUCACACAAGCAUAAUGGGGACAAAUUUGUGCGUCCAUAUUAUUGUAGUAAAUUCCGACCUGACCAUGCUUCUGAUGACCUGAAGUGACAGCUAUUAGUUCAGGCCAUGAGACCCGCAGUCAGGCAGGUCUUAGUAAUAUGCUCCUGGGACAAUCUUCUUCUAUUGCUGACUUGUGGUGCUAUAUAUUCUUGUGACAUUUCAUUAUUUCUGUCUAAAAUCGUGCUGUGUAAUGUCUUGUGUCCCUCACAAAUAUAUUUCCCAUGAUGUGUGCACAUUUCAGUUGUAUUACGGUGUCCAUUAUUUAAAUUAUACUGUUUUCUCUACUUCCUCAUCUCUAUAGCAGUUUUUUCAUGUCGUUAGGAGGCUGCACUAUGGAUGUAAGACCUUUCUAAAUACAAGAAUAUCAGAAAUCCAGAAAAAAAAAAAUGCAAGUGUGAACAGGGUCCUAAAGGGGUUAUCCCCUAUCCUCAUAACUGACUGACUGUAAGGGAUCCCCACUGAUCUCAAGAACAGACCCCCCCUUCCUGUCCCCCUGACUUAAUGGAGCAGAGAGUGAUUGGAGUGGUGGCUUUACAUGCAUGCUGCUGCCCCAUUUACUUGGUAGACAAAAGACCCCAUGAAUCAGCUAGCUAGGGGUAAUUUUUAAUCAUAAGAUAAACUUUCCUUAUCAGUUUCUUCUGAGCUAUUACAGGAAACUCCUCUCUCUCUCUAGGUCUCAAAUAGUGGCGAUAAAAAGGAGAUAGAGAGUGGCGCUAAUAGUGCCGUUAUCCAAGGUUUAGAAAGAAGGGGGGGGGGGGAAGAGUGGUGAACAGUGGGUAUAAAGCACUUGAUCACCUGGUAGUGUUGCACAGCAGACACAACACUGUUUAUCGCUUAUGGAUUUGGUAAUUCUAACUCCUGGUGGCAGCUUUCCAUCGGUACAAGAACAGGUGAGGAAGAUGCGGAUUAGGGUUUCCCAGCUGGGAUGCCUUUGUCCAAAAAAUUCCGACUUCUGGAGCGCUCGACCAGGGAAGACACAAUUCUCAAUUUAGUUUUUCUAGUGUUUAUUGUUACACACAGAAGAAACAACGGUGGCUACAACAGAUCCCUUCUUCAUCAGGUCCAUAAACCUUUUUAUUUAUUUAUUUAUUUUUUUUUGUCUGGGAGUAAUAUGCUAAAGAUUUGGGUAAGCUAUGCAGGAGUGAGCCUGGCUAGAAUGUGUAUGGGAGACAGUUGUGGGUUCGAAUCCCCUCUAGGUUACUUUUUUACUGUUAAAGGGGUAUUCCGCCCCUAGACAUCUUAUCCCCUAUCCAAAGGAUAGGGGAUAAGAUGUCAGAUCACCGCAGUCCCGCUGCUGGGGACCCCGGGGAUCGCCGCUGCGGCACCGCGCUAUCAUUACUGCACAGAGCGAGUUCGCUCUGUGCAUAAUGACGGGCGAUAAAGGGGACGGAGCCGCGUGACGUCAUGGCUCUGCCCCUCAUGACAUCACGGCCCGUCCCCUUAAUGCAAGUCUAUGGCAGGGGGCGUGACGACCGCCACGCCCCCUCCCAUAAACUUGUAUUGAAAGGGGCGGGCCGUGAUGUCACGAGGGGCGGAGCCGUGACGUAACGAUGCUCCGGCCCCUGUAUUGCGCGUCAUUACGUGCAGAGCGAACUCGCUCUGUGCUGUAAUGAGAGCGCGGUGUCGCAGCGGGGAUCCCGGGGCUCCCCAGCAGCGGGACCGCGGCGUACUGACAUCUUAUCCCCUAUCCUUUGGAUAGGGGAUAAGAUGUCUAGGGGCGGAGUACCCCUUUAAAAUUAAGAUUGGCAGUAACAGUAAUUGUGUGGUUACAAAUGGACUGGUAUGAAUGAAACAAUUAAAGUUGUGGUUAUAUGUUUAAUUAUGAUAGACCAGUGUGUCAAUUGGUAUAUACUUAUAAGGUAAUGCAAGUCAAAAAGCAACAAACUAUGAAUGGGAUAGAGUUGUGAAUAAAUGUGGCCACUAGAUGGCAGUGCAUGGUAGUGGUUCAGAUGCUCCUGUAUAAAUUAAAUGACUAGAAUGAAUAAAUUAUUUUAAAAAACUGAUGUGUUCGGAAUAAUAAAGGUUUUGCGUUAAUCCAGGGUAGUAAGAUAAGUAGUGGAUAAAAACAUAUUGAGAGAUAUGUUAUAGAAAGAGGUAGUUAUGAGUUUGUCCAAGGUGGAAUACUUAUAUACAAGGGGUGAAGGUUAGUCAGAUGAUUGAACUAUUUGUUGGGAGUAUGUUGAUUUUUGUUUAUGGACCCGUUGAAGAAGGGUAUACCCUUUUGAAAUGCGUCGUUUGUUGUAACCACCGUUAUUUCUUCUGUGUGUAACAAUAAACACUGUAAAAACAAAUCGAGAAUUGUGUCUUCCCUGGUCGAGCGCUCCAGAAGUCAGAAUUAUUCAGACAAAGGCAUCUUAAACUUAAGAUGAGAACUUAAAUUAUAUACGCAACUUUAUUCUUCAUAUAAGCUGAGAUUUUCUUUUAUUAUAUAUUCUAGCAUUUGCUAUGUCUAGUAUGCUAUUAUUAGGUAACUCCUUAAGGUUUGUGUUGUGCAAUGCAUUUCAUACUGAGGUAUCUGAAAGGAGCUAAGAUCACUUCAGAUGUGCUGAAAAUUUAUGGAUGGAAAAUAAAUAGUUGUAGAACUAUUUGGUAAUGUUUGCAGUUGUAUCUCUUACUGUGUCGUAGGAUUGUGGAUGUGAUGAAUUUUUUUACAAACUGUUGGGCUUCUGUUUAUAUGAAUGAGCUUUCUGACUAACCAAAUGUUGAUAUUUUUUUUUUUUUUUUUUUGCGAGAAAA